AUGCGCCAGAUUACAAGAUUUGAACGUCACGACACAGCCAGAGCGCCUGUGUGGUCAUCACCACGGACCACCAUUUUAGUGAGACCCACUUUGCGCCCGGCCGUCCCACUGCGAGCUUCGCUAACUAAACACCGAGAGGUCAACCUACUGGCUACAGUGGACGCCGCUAUGUUUCGCGCCAAUCCUGCGCUCGGUGAAACUUGCACGCGCCAUCUUGAAAAUCGGGUUAUAUUGGCCCUCGACACGUUUAGAAGAAAUAAAACCUACGUGCUAUACGAUAGCCCGUACAAAACUUAUUUGAUCGGUCGUUCAACCGUGUCGUCAGCGCUCUCCAUACGUGCGUCUCUCUCGCUCGUACCGUUAGCGUGC